GUUUUCCAUGGACCCUAUUUUGUAACAACCUGCUUUAAUAUAGAAGUUGCAAAACUGUGCAGUGCAUGUUUUGAGGAACAGAUACCGAUCUAGCGGUUUUAUUCUUUAUUUUGAACUUUAAGGAACUAAAAACGACUUCCGACUUUCAUUUCCUGACCAGCUGCCAAAACAACCCCCAUGAGCCCUGCUGCAGUCUGCACAGGAGCAGUCUCUUGUUCUGGAGGCAACAGAGCCAGUUGGCUGGCAAGGGAUCAGUUCAUAGUUCUGUGUGACGCGCCAAAGGGAGCAGUUUAGAGCAUCAAGUGAAGAACAGUGAUGGCUUCUGAAGACCAAACCGAGCAUCUUCUGCACAGAUACUCCGAUAAACCCGAUCCGAGCGACUCGGGAGACAGUGCUGUAGCUGACCUUGUGAAUCCUUGUCUGAAAGAGGGUGAGAUCUACCAUGUGUUCAUCAGCUAUAGCAGUGCAGACUGCGGCUGGGCCCACGGCUUCAUCGACAGGCUGGAGGCGGCCCGACCCGGCCUGCUGACCUGCUACCACGAGAGGGACUUUAUACCGGGGAGGACCGUGCUGGACAACAUGGCCGACUGCAUCCAGGGCAGCCAGAAGGUGCUGCUGGUCCUCAGCAAGGACUUCCUGCAGAGUCGCUGGUGCCUCCUGGAAGCCAACCUGUCCCUCUUCAGAGACUGCAUUGAGUGUAAGCCUGUACUGCCUGUACUGCUGGAGCCCUGUGCUGUGCCCCUGCACCUCAGCCACCUCACCUACCUGGAGGCAGGGGACCCCAACUUCUUCAGCAAGGUCCUCAAGGUCCUCUGCACCCCCAACCAUCUCCUAAGGAGCUCCAACGUGGUGCUCUUCCAGCCCCCCUGUGUCUAUAAUGGGAAAGUCCUACUCACCCAGCAAGCUGUGGAAGGGGAAGACAUACCAAACUGGAAAGCGGGGAUGUUCAGCACCACGAUGAUCCCCGAUCAGCUCCGAUUGGUCCUGGAAAAACCUGAAGCUUACAGGAAGGCUAUGAGUGUGAUCAACAGUGUCCCCACUUCCAGGUUCUGCUUCAGGUAUCUCUGGGUACGAGUGGUGCUUUGCAUUGUGCUGGCACUGCUCCUCUCCUUCUUGAUACUGUUAGGAGUGUUGAUAUCAGUUGGAUUCCCAACCCAAUCUAAUCCUUCAGCCAACUCCCUCCUUGCUCGGUUGCCAGUCGGGCUGGGUCUGAUGGUUGUUGGGUUAGUGCUGAUCCCAUCCCUGAUUCAGAUCACAGCCUGCUGGGCUAAAAGCAAAGGGAAAGAAAUGCUAAGAGAGAUGCGUCUGCGAGCCGGACAGGCCAACAUGAUUCUGACUCAGGAGAAACUCCUGGUGGGCUGCGAGUCGAGAACCAAGCUGCACUUCAUCUACCUGUCCCUGGAGGGCUGCAGGGAGACCUUCCGCAAAACCUUCCAGCGCACAGGCAGCCCUGCAGGAGGGUGGGAGGAGCAGUUCCACACUGCCCUGCUCUACUUCUCCUCAGGAUACGCCUGCUGUGUGACGAAAAGGCACUUCCCCUUCCCCCAGCCCCCAGACAUGGGCCCUGGGCACCAGGAGAGUGGAAUAUUAUGCUUCUGCCAGUACGUCUCUCUGCAGCUGCGCAGAGGGGUCUGGGCAUAGAUUGAGCAGGAAGAGUCUGAGGCCAGUGGGAGGCUCCCCCAGGGCAGAGUCUGCUCAACAGUGUUCAUUCCCAACCUUUUCCAUGCUGAUGCAGUAACCACCACAACCAGCAUGGGACCAAGAACAUCUACACCACAAAACUACACAAUAAUUGCUACUUCAGAUGUGCUCAAACACAUUUUGCACAGAUCUUACAAUGUCAAACCGCUACCUGCUCAUUUAUUUUUGGGUGAUCAGAAGAGAGAUGGUAGACACUGAUCUACUAGGGGGGCAAAAGAAGGAAGGACAAAUCCUGCUGGAACUUGUUUGUCUCACAGAAUGCCGGAGCCCCUACACCUCAAACUACACCUGGGGCAUGUAAACAAACCUGCCUGUCAACAAAGUGUUCUUUAUGAUAAAGUACAAGUGCAGCUAAACUGUGACACAAGUUAGUAGAUUGCCAAUUUGAAUAAGAUUGUGGGACACCACAGCUCCGCAGCUUUACUAGCUCAAAUUCAUAACCCAGUACUGAAAUAUCCACCUUGGUUCAAUUCUACUUCAUUCAACAUCAAGAUUUAAAUAAAUAAAUAAAAAAUUCUUGACCUGCUUAAAUUAGAUUA